AUGAUGAACAUCGAUCGAGAGUGGCUGCGGUUAAACUAUGAAAAUGUGUGCCGUUUUUGUCUCUCGGUAGCAAAUUGCAUGCCGCUGUUCAUCGAAUCAACGAUAAACGAAAGCCUACUUGACGCAGUGGAUGUGCUUGUGCCAAAGGUCGAUGAAAACGAUGGACUACCGAACUGUGUUUGUAGUGAGUGCUAUCAAACGAUGGUCGAUUUUGUGCAGCUUGAAGCCACCGCCCUAGAAGCGUACGGUAUACUGGAAAGUGUGCUUGCUGCUAACCAUGACGAUGGCGAUGAUCCCUACGACGAUGGCGAACAAGAUCGUCAAGACAAAUGUGACGACGAUCCAGCUACCACUGAGCAACCGAUAAAGCAGGCACGUGAUGAAAGGGAAGAGAUCGAUCAUAGCGUGGACCUACCGGAACACGUUACGAUGCCUUCCAUCGUUCCAAAUAGCAUAAAAUCUUCCAAAAAGAAAACUUGUCCCGUGUGUGGAAACGUGGUGUCGCAGCUCAGCAAACACGUGCUGGUGCACAGUGAAGGGAAACAAUUUAGCUGUGACCAAUGUGACAAACGCUUUGCACACCGGAGCAGCUUGCAAAAGCAUCUAAACAUACACCGGAACAUCCGCAACUAUCGGUGUGAGUACUGUGAGCAGUGUUUCUGUGAUCGAUCCUCGCUGCGCUAUCACCACGCCAAGCACCGUGGUGUGCAGCAGUUUCAGUGUGAGGUGUGCAACCGUCUGUUCUACACCUCGACCCAGUACAAACAGCAUCAGAACUUGGCCCACCGGGAGCGAUCGUUUCGUUGCGAAGUGUGUGGGCAAAUGUUUCUGCUGAAGCAUCACCUGAUGGAACACAUACAGCUACAUACGGAUGAACGUUCGUUUGAAUGUGAAGUUUGUGGCAAAGGAUUUAAACGAGAACGAUACUUGCUGGUGCACAAGCGACAGCACAGCAAACAGGAAAUGCCAGGCAGUACAGAGCGGUCUUUCAAUGGUGAUGGAAUAGUAUGA